AUGGCUCAUAAUAUGUACAACCUACUCUGUGUUUUCGUCUUGGCGCUCGUUCCGGACAUACUUUCCUCCCCUAUCCAGCCCAGCCUCCAAUUGGACCAAGGGUUACUCAAAGGAAAAUACGAGAGGACACUAAACAACCGGAAGAUUUCGUCCUUUUUAGGCAUACCUUACGCAGAACCUCCGAUAUCAAAGCUUCGUUUUGAGGCAGCAGUGUCCCCAUCAAAAUGGUCAGGAAUUUUAAACGCUACGACCUUGCCUCCAGAAUGCUUACAAUACAGCCAUAUGACUUACAAAUACGAUUUCUGUCAAGUAACAGGCUCCGAAGACUGUCUUUACCUGAAUGUUUACACUCCGAAGCUUUUUGAUGGCAGUGAAGUGAAACCAAUGGACGUGAUUGUAUUCAUUCACCCUGGGACAUUCAUGUACUUCAGUUCAUCUUACUCAAGCCCUGCUGCAUUACUUGACAGGGAUGUAGUAUUUGUUACAUUCAACUACAGAUUAGGCAUACUUGGUUUUCUUAGCACUGGAGAUCAUAUCGUCCCCGGUAACAACGGCCUAAAAGACCAAAUUCUAGCACUGCAUUGGGUUAAAAAGAAUAUUAGAAGUUUUGGAGGAGACCCAGAUCGGGUUACCAUUGCAGGCCUCGAUGCUGGGGCAGCUAGUGUACAUUACCAUCUCUUGUCCCCUCUCAGCAAAGGGUUGUUCAAAUCUGCCAUAUCUGCUAGUGGAAGUGCGCUAUGCCCUUGGGCAAUAGCUGAGAAUGUCAGGGAGAAAGCAGCCAAAGUAGCAGAUGAACUGGGCUGCCCGACAGGAGAUUCAAAAGCCAUGGUGGACUGCCUAAAGGACAGACCAGCCACAAACAUUGUCGGCUUCUCCAAAUUAUUCAUUCCCUGGCUUUACAAUCCUUUUGCACCUUAUGGGCCAGUUGUAGAGAAGGAUGGACCAAAUGCAUUCAUAUCUGAUUCACCACUCAAUAUCAUCAAGAAAGGAAAAGUAAAUGAUGUUCCAUGGCUGGUAUCUUUCACAUCAGAGCAAGGCUUAUACCCAGCUGCUGAACUGUUAGGAACUACAAGCUAUAUCACUGAGAUGGAACAGCGCUGGGAAGAACUCCUGCCACACUUGUUAGAUUUUAACUACACUGUUGCUCAUGAUAGAUUAGCAGAAGUCAGUAAUGCUAUCAAAGACCACUACAAGAUAAAUUUACAAACAGCUGAAGGAAAAAAGAAUUUCAUUCAGCUAUUCAGCGAUCGUCUUUAUUUACAAGGGAUCACCCAUGCAGCCAAAUUGCAUGCAACCCAGCUCAGUUCUCCUGUUUACAUGUACAAAUUUUCUUAUCCAGGGAGAUAUAGCGUCUCCGAUACCAUGACAAAGUUUCAACCAGUUGAGCGACAUGGAGUAUGCCACGGAGAUGAUUUGAUUUACUUACUACCAAUGCCUUGGUUUCACCUUAACAACCCUGAUGACAUAGCCAUGUCAAUCCUGCUAAGAGAUAUUUGGAUCGACUUUGCUGCUAAAGGGACACUUGGUUGGAGCCCAAUAAAGGAUAAUCUACCUAAGCUUUCAGUGCUUGAUAUCAAAGGACCAGAUAACCUAGAACAGACUGCCACUAAGGAUUACAGCGAAGAUGAAUUUUGGAUAUCUCUUAAUAUAAAAGAAAAUAUUAUCUCAAAUAAUAAAGAUGAAUUUUAA